AUUUACUGUGAUCAUAAGAAAUGCUCCACGCAACCCCCUUCCCGCAAAGAACAAAAACAAAGGAAGACAGUGAGGCAGAGAGAACAGCAAAGGGAAGCGAGUCCAACCUGGCCGUGGCCUGUGCUUUCCCGGCGGUCCUUUGUCGCAGUUGCUUAGCAACCUCCUGGGCUCCGCCUCGAGCGGCGCUUCUCCGGCCCUUUCGUCCCUGUUUCCCGCCGGCCGGGUUUAAGCGACGCACCGCCUCGGCGCUGGGCGGGAAAUUUCGCUUUCGUGGCACUCAGCGCUUCUUCAGGGCUGGCCGUCAUGCCGUGAGUACCGGAGCAGCCGGGGAGGCCUAUCCCGCGUGUGCGAGUGCUAAGAGAGCUCUGAAGCUGGAUAAACCUACCGUGGAGGAAAGGCCAACAACACCUUUAGUGAGCAGCAAGAAAAAUCUCCAGCCUUUUUCACCGACAACAGGAACGUGUCGAAUGAGUCCAUUUUCAAGUCCCAGGAGCAAUAAUGUACAAGAGCACAGAAAUGGCCAAUCAAAUGGAAAGAUGACUGAACCAGGAGACUUGAUCAGAUCAUUGAGAAAGGCACGACCUCAAAUAGAAGCAAGUGACAUGAUCAAGUCAGCCAUAAAGGGACAUCGUAGCACGAAUCAGAAUGACAAACUUUUAAUGCUACACUCUGCUGUUGAAGAUUCUCUAGAAAGAUUCAUCCAUAUCAGAAAAAACCUAACCAGUCUAAAGGCUUUAGAGGGCAUCAGAGAGCUUGAGAAUAUUGUUGGAGUUUCAGACAACUCUGGUGACUUACAAGAAGAAGUGAGAAAAACCAGGAAACUAAUAGAGAAAGCUAGACAACAAAAGCUUCUGAGAAAGAGCAACAUAAGAUUUCCUACCCAAGGUCUUGAAGAAUAUAUUCUGCUUGCUUGCUGGCUCUACAACUGCCUAAUGCUGCUUAAAAGGUUAAAAAGAAACGCCUGUAAAUCUAUCUCUCCAGCAAAUACCAACUAAGGAUUGCUCAAUGCACUAGGCAGGUGCACAUCUAGAUACAGUUUCUAGCAUCUAAUUUAAACUUUACAAUCUGCACAAGCAGAUAAUCUCUAAGUAAAUAAUACAUUUCAUGAUAGCUCUUUUAUGCAAAUGUGAAAAGGUCCAAGAUGUAUUACUUCUGUAUAGUUCUAAGCACUGUAUUUGCUCAACAUUAAUAAAAUAUUGUGCUGAACUUUUUGGAAUGUUUGGGAAGAAGAGUUGCACUUAAGGGUGGGCACUGUUUCCCAGGGUUUCAAACAAACUGAAUUUCACAGUGAUGAUAUGUCCCUUGCCUUCUCUGAAGGAGUGCCAACUUUACCAUAAACAAUGACGACUGCUUGCCAAUUUGUGGCAUAUUGUUUAUGCAACGGCCUCUACACCCAAAAGCAAAUUUGCAAUUUCUGUCAGUGCAGUCCUUUUGCUAGCAAAGACAUUGCCAAUGUAGCAUUUGCAAAUACCCUUUUAGUUAAUGUGCUUUCUAUUUAAAAAAAAUCCCUGCUAGUGAAAAUAUAUUCUUUUUCUGCUUUGUGAUGCUUGAAUUCAUACUAUGAAAUGCCUUGAAAUUCAUUCCAAUAAAAAUUAACAUUUGUGCACAAUA